AAUUUGAAAAUUUUCAUGUUCUUUUCAAUUUUGGAGUAGGGCUUCCAUUCUUUGUUGGGAAGUGGACACCGUUUUCAUAGGGAAAGCUUCAGAGGUGGUUGAGCAAACCUCCAUGUAUAUAUAACAACUUUACGGCCAUGCUUCUUGAAACCCAUAUACCUUCCUUCUUCAACCUUAUUAAAUUAUAAUUAAUUCACUUGAUCUCCAGUCUUGAACAAGGUGAAAAGGAAUCAACAAGAAUGGGAUCAACCAGCGAAACUCAGAUGACUCCUACUCAGGUAUCAGAUGAAGAAGCGAUUUUGUUUGCUAUGCAACUAGCUAGCGCAUCAGUGCUGCCUAUGGUGCUGAAAUCAGCCAUUGAGCUCGACCUACUUGAAAUCAUGGCUAAAGCAGGUCCUGGUGCAUUCUUGUCGCCAUCCGACAUCGCUUCUCAGCUACCCACCGCGAACCCAGAUGCGCCGGUGAUGUUGGACCGUAUCUUGCGACUCUUGGCCAGCUACUCCGUUCUUACUUAUUCUCUGAGAACCCUUCCUGAUGGCAAAGUUGAGAGGCUCUAUGGUCUUGCUCCUGUUUGCAAAUUCUUGACCAAGAAUGAAGAUGGUGUGUCUAUUGCCGCUCUUUGUCUCACGAACCAGGAUAAAGUCCUCAUGGAAAGCUGGUAUCAUUUGAAAGAUGCAGUUCUUGAAGGAGGCAUUCCAUUUAACAAGGCGUAUGGAAUGAUAUCAUUCGAAUAUCAUGGCACAGAUCCAAGAUUUAAUAAGCUUUUCAAUAAGGGAAUGUCUGAUCACUCUACCAUUACCAUGAAGAAAAUUCUUGAGACUUACAAAGGCUUUGAAGGCCUUUCUUCCAUUGUGGAUGUUGGUGGUGGUACUGGAGCUGUUCUUAGCAUGAUCGUCUCCAAAUACCCUUCAAUCAAAGGCAUUAACUUCGACUUGCCCCAUGUGCUUGAGGAUGCUCCAUCCCUUCCUGGCGUGGAGCAUGUUGGUGGGGACAUGUUUGUUAGGGUUCCUAAAGGAGAUGCCAUUUUCAUGAAGUGGAUAUGCCAUGACUGGAGCGAUGAACACUGCUUAAAAUUCUUGAAGAAUUGUUACAGAGCGCUGCCACCAAAUGGGAAGGUGAUCAUAGCCGAAUUCAUUCUUCCGGUGGCCCCAGACAGAAGCCUCGCCACCAAGCCAGUGGUUCAUAAUGACUGCAUGAUGUUGGUUCAUAACCCAGGUGGGAAAGAGAGAACUGAAAAGGAAUUUGAGGCAUUAGCCAAGGGAGCAGGAUUUCAAGGUUUUCGAGUUGUAUGUGAAGCCUUCAAUACCUAUGUGAUGGAAUUCUUGAAGAGUGCCUAAGGGCCAAGUUUUCUUAAUACUAUCUUUUGGCUUUUUAACUUCUGAAGUUGUGAGAUGAGAAGAUUUUCAAAGGUGGCAUUCACAGUAUAUGUAAUUCUCAAUAAAGAAAACAAAUAAGAACUAUGUAUAUGAUUGUGCGUUGUCUAUAAUAAAAAGUUUAUUAUAUCCUAA